AUGCUCAGUAUUAUUAGAGCGAGGAGUUGGUACCUUGGAGCUGCCACAGCAGGCCCCGCUCUUACUCCCAGAUGCCGGUGCCUCCUCAAACAGGACGCUCUUAUUCAUCCUCUGAGUACUCUGCGGGACGUCCAAAGCAGGGUUCUGUUCAAAGAAACCGCUAGGCUUCAAGCUAACCAUCAUGGUCUCGCAAGGCAUGACGGGAUAGUCUUCAGGUCGAGGGUUAUGCGUCAAGCUGACCGAGUGCCACAGCACAAUAUCCUCGUUGUCCACCUUGUCACCCCGCUUUGCCCAAGUAGCGACAUCUCCCUUGUUUACAGUGUCAUCUUCCAUAGCUACGUCGUCUGGGAGCGACUGGUAGGUGUAAUCACCUGCGGCAUAGAGUUCUCCAUCGCGGUAGGCCGUGACCCAGUAAGGGUGAAGAGCGAACUUAGCCCGCUUGCCAUGCCAUGA